GAAAGGUGCCGCGGUCAGUGGAUCUUCGGGUCAAUCACUAUCUGAUUCCGAACUUGAUAGACGAGGUGCCGAGGGGAUAGACGAGAGGAUCCCUGGGUUUAUGCACUGCAUGCUCGGAGGAUCUGGAAGUGACAGCUCCGACGUCUCCCCCGUGAGCUCGUUCCAGCUGGACGGCGCCUCCGAGGCGCGCCUGCUGUCGCCGCAGUUCCUGCUGGAGGCGGAGGCCGCCGACCCGGCCGACCUGUCCAGCGUCACCCCCGAGACGCGCGCCCGACUCGAGGCCCUGCUCGAGGCAGCCGGUAUCGGCAAGAGCGCCGACAGCAGCCGCGUGCUCGCCGACCCGGAGGUGCUGCGCAAGCUCACCUCCAGCGUCAGCUCGGCGCUCGACGAAGCGGCCGCCGCGCUCACGCGCAUGCGCAGCGACAGCGCCACCGACACCACCAGCCAGCCGUCGCUCGUGGACGCGUGUCAGCACGGGAACGUGCCGGUCGUUCGCCGCCUGCUGGACGAGGGCUCGUCCGUCAACGAGACGACCGAGAAGGGCGAGUCGCUGCUGGCGCUCGCCUGCCACUCGGGCUACUACGAGCUCGCUCAGGUGCUGCUGGCCAUGCGUGCCAACGUGGAGGACCGCGGCAUGAAGGGCGACUGUACGCCCCUCAUGGAGGCGGCCACCGCCGGCCAUGUCGAAGUGGUCCGGCUGCUCAUCAAACACAAGGCCGACGUCAACGCCCAGAGCAGCUCCGGCAACACCCCGCUGAUGUACGCGUGUUCCGGCGGCCACGUGGAGGUGGUGCGCGCCCUGCUGCAGGCCGGCGCCAACAUCGAGGACGCCAACGAGAACGGCCACACGCCUCUGAUGGAGGCCGCCUCGGCCGGCCACGUGGACGUGGCGCAGAUCCUGCUGGACCACGGCGCCGGCAUCAACACCCACUCCAACGAGUUCAAGGAGUCUGCGCUGACGCUGGCCUGCUACAAGGGCCACCUGGCCAUGGUGCGCUUCCUGCUGGAGGCGGGCGCCGACCAGGAGCACAAGACGGAAGAGAUGCACACCGCCCUCAUGGAAGCCAGCAUGGACGGCCACGUGGAAGUGGCGCGGCUCCUGCUCGACUCCGGCGCUCAGGUGAACAUGCCGGCCGACAGCUUCGAGUCGCCGCUGACGCUGGCGGCCUGCGGCGGCCACGUGGAGCUGGCGCUGCUGCUGCUGGACCGCGGCGCCAACAUCGAGGAGGUCAACGACGAGGGCUACACGCCGCUGAUGGAGGCCGCCAGGGAGGGCCACGAGGAGAUGGUGGCGCUGCUGCUCUCGCAGGAGGCCAACAUCAACGCCAUCACGGAGGAAACGCAGGAGACGGCGCUGACGCUCGCCUGCUGCGGUGGAUUCGUCGAGGUGGCCGACUUCCUCAUCCAGGCGGGGGCCGACGUGGAGCUGGGUGCGAGCACGCCGCUGAUGGAGGCCGCCCAGGAGGGCCACCUCGAGCUCGUCAAGUAUCUGAUGGAGCGGGGUGCCAACGUGAACGCGGUGACGCAGACGGGCGGCGACACGGCGCUGACGUACGCCUGCGAGAACGGCCACACGGCCGUGGCCGAGGUGCUGCUGGAGCGGGGCGCCGCCCUGGAGCACGCGGCGGAGGGCGGCCGGACGGCGCUGAUGAAGGCGUCGCGCGCCGGCCACCUCUGCACGGUCACCUUCCUGCUGAGCCGGCUGGCCGAUGUCAACCGCACCACGGCCAACAACGACCACACGGCGCUCAGCCUGGCCUGCCACGGCGGCCACCUGCACGUGGUCAAGGUGCUGCUGCAGCACGGCGCCAACCCGCACCACAUACUCAAGGACAACUCCACCAUGCUGAUGGAGGCCGCCAAGAACGGCCACACGCAGGUGGUGGAGCUGCUGAUGGACUACCCGGACAUCCAGCCGCUGACGGAGGCGCAGAUGGCGGGCGCGUUCGAGUCGGCCGAGGCCGAGACGGUGGCACGCCUGGCCGCCGCCACGGCGCCGGCCGAGCUGGCGCUGCCCGGCUCGGCGGCGGCCGCCAUGGAGACGCCGCCGUACACGCCGUCGUCGCCGGUGCUGGGCGCGCCGGCCGCCUGCUGCGUCUCGUCGGCCGACCUGCUCGAGUCGAGCCUGCUGGCGCUGGACGGCGACGAGGCCGGCCUGGGGCGCGCCACCUCCGACCGGCUCGAGCAGUACCUCAGCGAGAUGCUCCGACGGCCGGACGUCAGCGAUCAGGAGGGCGAGGAGAUCGAGAAGCUGACGAACUUGACCAAGACGCUGGCGUCGCGCAUGCCGGAGGACUUGCGCCGCUUCCAGGGCCUGCCCGGUCUGGUGGAGGCGAGUCGGGAGUCGGUGAUCGUGUCCAACCCGUCGCCGGCGGCGCCGGCGCCGCCCGACCAAAGACCCAAGGCCAAGCCGGUCAGCAAGAAGGAGCAGAAGAAGGCCCCGCGGCAGCUGGAGACGAAGGCAGGGCUGCAGGUGGCGCCGCCCAGCGGCAUCCAGCGGCAGUACCAGCAGCUGCAGGCGGCCGCCGCCUACCAGGCCCACCUCGGCCUGCAGCCGCAGCAGCUGCAGCUGCUUCAGAGCCAGCUCACGAUGCAGGGCCAGUACGUGGCUGCUGCCGCCGCCGCCGCGGGCGUCGACAAGAAGGUCAAGAAGAAGCCCAACAACCGCGGCCAGCCGGCGGCCCAGGUACAGCCGCACGCCCUGCUGGUGUCGGCCGAGCCGGGCGCCGCCGCCUUCGGGCCGCCGCUAGCCGCCGACGACGUGGCCGCCCACAUCCAGACCAACACCGGCCUUAUGGUGGCGGCGCCGGCGCGCACUCUGAACGACACGCUGUACCGGCCGGGCCCGACCGACCAAGCCGAGCUCACCGCCGAACAAGCGGCGGACUGGUCCCGCGGCUACCAGCUGGGCACCCUGCACGGCCUGACCGGGCUGCACAACUGCCAGCCGCCGCUCAACCUGGCGUACGGCGCGCCGGCGCCCGCCGGCCAGCAGCCGCCGGCGCCCGCCUACCCCGGCGGCGUGCCGGUGUCGGCGGUGGGCGGCGCGCCGUACCCGGGCCAAGCCACGGCCGACCAGCUCAACUCGGAGACGGAGAGCAACCACGACACGGCGCUGACGCUGGCCUGCGCCGGCGGACACGAGGAGCUCGUGCAGCUGCUGCUCAAGCGCGGCGCCCACAUCGAGCACCGCGACAAGAAGGGCUUCACGCCGCUGAUCCUGGCGGCGACGGCCGGCCACGCGGGCGUGGUGGAGAUCCUUCUGGCCAACAAGGCCGACAUCGAGGCGCAGUCGGAGCGCACCAAGGACACGCCGCUCUCGCUCGCCUGCUCCGGCGGGCGCUACGAGGUGGUCGAUAUCCUGCUUAGGCACGGCGGCAACAAGGAGCACCGCAACGUGUCCGACUACACGCCGCUGUCGCUGGCGGCCUCCGGCGGCUACGUCAACAUCAUCAAGCUGCUGCUGCAGAAUGGCGCCGAGAUUAACAGCAGGACGGGCAGCAAGCUGGGCAUCUCGCCGCUCAUGCUGGCUGCCAUGAACGGGCAUACGGCGGCUGUCAAGCUGCUGCUGGAGAUGGGCAGCGACAUCAACGCUCAGAUCGAGACGAACCGCAACACGGCGCUGACGCUGGCCUGCUUCCAAGGCCGGCACGAGGUGGUGCAGCUGCUGGUGGACCGGCGCGCCUACGUCGAGCACCGCGCCAAGACUGGCCUCACGCCGCUGAUGGAGGCGGCGAGCGGCGGCUACGUGGAGGUGGGCCGCGUCCUACUGGACAAGUACGCCGACGUGAACGCGGCGCCGGUGCCCAGCAGCCGCGACACAGCGCUCACGAUCGCCGCCGACAAGGGACACUACAAGUUCGUCGAGCUGCUCGUCACGCGGGGGGCGCAGGCGGAGGUGCGCAACAAGAAGGGCAACACGCCGCUGUGGCUGGCGGCCAACGGCGGCCACCUGGACGUCGUGCAACUGCUGUACACGGCCGGCGCCAACAUUGACGCUCAGGACAAUCGCAAGGUGUCCUGCCUGAUGGCCGCGUACAGGCGCGGCCAUAUCAAGGUGGUCAAGUGGAUGGUGAAGCACGUCUCCCAGUUCCCGUCGGACACCGAGCUGACGCGCUUCCUCCAGAUGGUCAGCGACAAGGAGCUGGCCAAGAAGUGCCAGGCGUGCGUGGACAUAAUCCGCGUGGCGAAGGAGCGGCAGGCGGCAGAGGCCAACCGCAACGCCACCUCGCUGCUGGAGGAGCUGGCGCAGGAGGACGCCAUCCAAAAGCAGCGCCAGUGUCUGGCCGCCAAGAAACGCGACAAGAAGAAGAAGAAGCGCCAGUCGCAGACGCGUCAGGCGAAGGACGAGGACGAGAGCGGCGACGAGCACGAGCUGAUCCCGGGCGCGGCGCCGGCCGCCGAGCCGGAGGACCGCGAGUCGCCGCCGCCGCCAGCCGCCGCCGCCCAGCCGCGCGGCCGCGCCAGCCCCGAGCGCGACAGCGGCUUCGACGCCACCAGCCAGUCGUCGACGUCGUCAGCAGGGGACGGCAUGGCGCGGCCGCCCGACGGCGCCGCCGCCCCCGGCGCUGCGCCCGGCCAGCCGGCCGCCGCCGCCAACGGGCCCACCACCGGCAAGCGCGCCAAACGCGACGAGAAACGGCGCAGACAGCUGUUUGACGCCCAGCGCGACAAGGGAGAACCCAACAAACGGCAAGAGGUGACGAUGAACGACACGGACCGGACGCCACCGACGGUGGCGAUCGCGCCGCAGCCGGCUGUAAUCACCGAGCCGCCGGCGCCGGCCAAGAGCCGCCGAAAGGACAAACAGAAGCGCAUGCAGGAAGAGCGCGAGCGCAUGGCGGCCGCCGGCGCCGUCUCGUCGUCGGCGGGCGCCGGCGCCACGACGGCCGCCGCCGCCGCCGGCCGCACCGGCAAGAAGGACAAGCCGGACGCGUUCACGGACAUGGCGACGUUCGAGGAGCGCCGCCUGAUCCCGGGCCUGCCGGCGCGCAGUCCGCUCGUGCUGCCGGUGGGCCUGCGCUCGCCCGGCUACGCGGCCGCCGCCGCCGCCGCCGCCAGCCCCAAGAAGGGCAAGAGCCGCGAGGAGGGCUGGCGGGAGGUGACCACGCGCAGCGCGUCCUCGUCAUCGCGCACCAAGCGCGUGACUGUGCCGACGUGCGCCAUCUCGCGCGUCAUCGGCCGCGGCGGCUCCAACGUCAACGCCAUCCGCGACCUGUCCGGCGCGCACGUGGAGAUCGAGAAGAAGAGCAAGGGACAGGCCGACCGGGUCAUCACCAUCAAGGGCUCGGCCGAGGCGGUCAAGAUGGCCCACUCGAUGAUCACCGAGCUGGCGGACAGUCCGGACGCCGACGUCAGCCAGCUGCUGGGCCGGCACAAGCCGCACCACGGCGGCGGCCAGGCCGGCGAGGGCAAGGGCUCGUCCCGCGGCUCGGCCCUGUCGGCUGCCGCCAAGGUCAUCUCACAGGCGCUUACCGACACGACGUACGUGCACACGGGCGUGACGAUGUCGCCACGGCGGGCGGCCGACUCGCAGCCGGCCAAGCCGUCGGCGCAGCGUCAGCUCAACAUGGGCGGCGACCGGGCGGCUGCUGCUUGA